GCAGCAAUAGUUGCUAUUCUGUGUGCAUCGUCGGGCAUUGUGCGUUGUGCCUUGUGCGUGUGUGUGAGUGUGUUUGUUGCUGGGUGGCAGUUGUGAUAAUAUAUUAUCAGCCGUAGCAUAAACCCGUUUAACAUUUAAAGUUUCACAUUUAUUGAUUGCAUCAAUUGCAACGCUUUUCGUUUGAAAGCCAUGGCUUGGCAAGGUCGAGAGGUGGUGCUGGGGCUGUUGCUGGCCGCCGCCUGUUUCGCUGGCAGCGCUUGCGCCUACAACUUGUCGCCGCGCCCCAAUAGGGAGAUCAGAGAUCCACAAUUCGCCACGGCGAUGCCGAAAGUGCGUGCGUCAUAUUUCGGUUUCAGCCUCAACCUGAGACCGCACGGUAUUUUUGUGGGCGCACCGCAGGCUCAGUCGACGCUGGAGGCGCAGCGCAAGGUCAAUGAGACGGGCGCCAUAUACAAGUGUUCGCUGCUGAACGGCACCUGCAGUCCAUAUGUGUUCGAUGGCAACGGCAAUCGGAACAUCGAGAAUACGGAAUACACAUGGGACUCGGAGCGCCGGGACUUUCAGUGGCUGGGCGGCUCCAUGGACGGCGGCACUCGGGACGGGGACAAGCUGCUGGUGUGCGCGCCGAAAUUCAUAGCGCCCUCGUCGAAGGAUUAUCAUAUGCAUGGCAUAUGCUACUGGGUGGCCGAUACGCUCGCCGAUCAGCCGCAGAAUGUGACGAGGAUCUCGCCGUUGCGCCUGAAGACGGAGCAGGUGAAGGAGGACAACGAUCAUCGAUAUUACUUCUAUAUCCUGGCGGAGGAGGGACUCAGUGCCCAUGUGUCGGACGACGGCGAGCAGUUCCUGAUCGGUGCCCCGGGCAUCUUUACGUGGCGCGGCUCAGUCAUCCGCUAUCGCAAGGUCACCCAGGUGGACGAUCCGUCAGCGAGUCGUCGUGACACGAGUAGUCAGAAGCGACGCAAGACACGCGACAGUGGCGACUACAUCGACUAUGCCCCGGAGGUGUACUACAAGACGGACAUACCAAACCCAAAGAACUGGGGCCAGUCGGAUGACUCAUACUUCGGCUACUCAGUGGGCUCCGGCCACUUCGAUAGCACCAAGCUGAAGCGCCUGCUCUACGUGGCCACGGCGCCGCAGGCCAACGAGCAGUCGGGCGAGGCGUAUAUCUUCGAUAUACACGGCUCGAAUAUCGAAUUGUUUCACAUCUUUCGCGGCGAGCAGUUCGGGGAGUACUUUGGCUAUGCGGUGCUCGCCGAGGAUCUCAACGGAGACAACCUAACGGAUGUGGUCAUCUCUGGCCCACAGCACGCGGUCGAAGACUCGCACGAUAAUGGUGCAAUCUACGUGUUCGUGAACAAGGGACGGUUCAAUUUCGAGAUGAAGCAACUGCUCUGCCCGCCGCCUGUGACGGCCAAGGCACGUUUUGGCACCACGCUCACCCGACUGGGCGACAUUAAUCACGAUGGCUAUAACGACAUUGCUGUCGGUGCUCCAUUUGCAGGCAAUGGAUCCGUCUUUAUAUACCUGGGCAGCGAGUCGGGCCUGCGGGAUAAGCCCAGUCAGCGCCUGGACUCGCCCCAGCAGCAGCCCUCCAAGUAUGGCCAGCACAUGUUCGGGCAUGGGCUUUCACGGGGCUCGGAUAUCGAUGGGAAUGGCUUCAACGACUUUGCUGUGGGUGCGCCGAACGCUGAGGCCGUCUUCCUCUAUCGCGCCUAUCCCGUGGUCAAGAUCUUGGCCUCCGUGCGCUCACAGAAUCGAGAGAUAAAACCAGAUCAGAACCGUGUCCAAAUCACGGCCUGCUAUGGACUCUCGACUACAGCGAAGGGCAGCUCUGCCCAGCAGCAGGAAAUCGCCAUGAAACUUGUGAUUGAUGCGCAGCUGAAGCGUGCCACCUUUACGCAGUCGCAGUCCAGUGAGCUGAGCUUCAAUGCCACGGCGGGCACCACGCAACAGUGUCGGGUCUUCGACUGCGAGGUGCGCUACAGCGAAAAGGACAUAUUCCAGCCCAUUGAGCUGGAGAUGCACUAUGAGCUGACGCAGAAGGUGCCAGACUCGGAGGUAUUCUGUGACACCUGUGUGGCUGUGGAUCCAGAUGAUCCAAAGGUCUACUCGGAGAAAAUCAUCUUCAGCACGGGCUGUGCCACAGACGUUUGCAUAGCCGAUCUAAAGCUGACUGCCAAGGACUUCAGUCCGAGCUAUAUUCUGGGCAGUGGCAAAACCCUCCGCAUCAACUAUGAGGUGACCAACAAUGGAGAGACGGCCUAUUUGCCACAGCUGAAUGUGACGAGCUCGAGUCGCUUGAACUUCGCUCAGAUUCCUGGCAACUGCAAGGUCAGUGAUGCGGUCAUGGUCUGUGACUUGAAUCAAGGCAGACCUUUGGGCAAGGGCGACAAGAGUAGCAUUACCAUUAGCUUCGAUGUGAGCAGCCUGACCGGCAAAGCGCUGACCAUCAGCGCCGAGGUCUUCAGCACUGGCCACGAGCAGAACCCCAGUGACAAUAAGCUGGUUAGUCUGAUUGCCCUUAAGGAGUACACGGAAAUCGAUGCAUCGGGGGGUCAGACCAAUGAGGCCAUCAAUCUGGAGCACUAUAAGAACUCGGCUGUGAUUGUCAACAACUAUGAGAUCAAGAGUAAUGGCCCCAGCAAUGUGGACGCCCUGGAGCUAGUCUUCCAUAUUCCAGUUGCCUAUAAGCUAGCCACUUCCACCAUACCCAUUAUCAAUGUGGGCAACAUAACCAUGCAGGCUACGUACGACGCGCAGCUGGUCGCCAUCGAGCUGCUCGACCCGAACAACACGCAGAUUAUUAUGAAUCCCAUUGAGAUCUCAACGACGCGCACGAGCAAGCACACAGAGCGCGUCGUCGUUAGUCAGAAUGGAGCUCAGUACGAUAUCAGCAGCAGUGGUCACACAGAGCAGAGCUGGCAGGAGUUGGAUUCGGAUUCAGUGGCCACUGCAUCCAUGACGCGCAAGCGACGUGACCUGAAGGCCUUGACAGCCAACCGCGAGCAAUAUGCACGCAUUUCGAACGUCAAGGCGCAUGAGCUGCUCAGCGAGGACUUCAAAGGCAAGUUGCCAAUGAAUCGCACCAUUGUCUUCAAUUGUCGGGAUCCGGAGAUAACCGUUUGCCUGCGCGCUGUUAUGCGUGUCUACAACUUCAAGCCAGAGAAGCCGAUCAAUUUGAAUAUGCGCUACAGCGUCGAUCUGAAUGAGGUGAAUGCGAUUCUCAUCGAUCCCUUGGAGUUCUUUGCCAUCCUCAUCGAUUUGAGCGUGCGCAAAGAGGGCGAUCCCACGGGCAGCUCACUUUUAAUUAGACGCAAAAUCGAACCGAAUGUCAUAUCUAAGCAUCUGGUAACGAAGUCCCUCAUCUGGAUAAUAAUUCUCUCGGUACUAGGCGGCCUGGUGAUUCUGGCUGCCUUUACCUAUGGCAUGUACAAGCUUGGUUUCUUUAAUCGCAAAAAGCAUGAGUUCGACAAGCUGACGCAACAGGGCGCCGUGGAGCCCGAGGAGGAGAACCUUAACAGUGGCAAUAAUUAAGCUCAACAUAUUGUGAUCCAUAUUGCUAAGCUAUAGACAAGUACAUCACAUCACGAUAAAAGC